AAGGGUUUAUUGCUCUUAAAUAAAAAUGAUGACCGAGAGUAAAGCAGAACCCUCUUCCUCCUUUCGUGUAUUGGCAACCCCGCGCCUAUUGACUCGGAAGCCAACCCAGGGAAUUCAGUUGAGCUCCUUCCUCGCCAAGGGGUGCGAGAGCGCACCCGUCGGCCAGCAAUGGGCCACCUCUACAGGCCCUGCUCGCUGGAGAACGGCGGGACUCCUUUCCCACUGCCGGUAAGUGGAUCCGGCUUUAGCAGCCUGGCUCGGAGAGUUGGCAAGAGCGCGGAGCUGAGGGCGGCUGCCGUGGGAGGUGCGUCGGAGGACACAAGGCUCGCCGGAGAAGGAAUGUAGAGGCAGCCCAGCGGGGAACAGGGGAGGAUGUGGCGGCGCGUGUGAACCGGGACUCGUCGCCGAGGAGAGUUCGGCGGGAGGAGCCCCACAAGGCCAAGAGGAGGCGGUGGCCGCGGAACAGCAGCAGCAGCAGCAGGAGGAGGAGGAGGGGGUAUCGGUUCGCAGCCGGCCGGCGGAGUUUUCUCCCCUUCUGCGGGACGGCGCGAUCGGGAGGCGCUGAUCACCCCGCGCGACUGCGCUCUUUGGGGUAGCGGGAACUUUGGCCGCACGAAAGUGGGACUCGGCAGAGCAGAGCGCUUGGCGCCAACAUCCAGCCAGGAUGAGGCGCGUCGGGCAGAGAGCGGACGAGGAGGGAGAGGAGCGGACGCCAGGUCCUGACCCCAGAGCCUGAAGAUGCUGAGAUGCAUCCAGUUUGGAGAUAUUUUUAAAGAGCCGUACUCUAAAGAGUGUGGUGUGGGCUCCCCCUUGUGGGAAACAAUUGGAACAAACAUUUCUUGAUGUUACAGUGGAUAUCUUUCAAAUUAAGUCAUGGCUAUUGUCAGCACAGCACCCCCUAGUGUCUUUUUCUUUCCGGAAAAUGAAGUCGUGGACCCAGUGAUAGUACUUCAUUACAAUUAUACUGGAAAGCUUAGCCGUGGAAAAGAAAAAAAACUGACAAUCAUUGCACUUCUCAUUAUCUGUGGCUUUAUCAUCCUGGAGAACCUAAUGGUGCUGAUUGCCAUCUGGAAGAACAACAGAUUUCACAACCGCAUGUAUUUUUUUAUUGGCAACCUGGCCCUCUGUGACCUGUUGGCGGGAAUAGUUUACAAAGUGAACAUUUUGAUGUCAGGAAACAAGACCUUGACUUUGUCUUCCAGGAUCUGGUUUGUUCGGGAAGGCAGCAUGUUUGUGGCGCUGGGUGCUUCUACAUUCAGCUUGUUGGCUAUUGCCAUCGAACGGCAUUUGACCAUGAUCAAAAUGAGGCCAUACGAUGCAAAUAAAAAGUACAGAGUUUUCCUGCUUAUUGGAACGUGCUGGCUUAUCUCUCUUUCUCUGGGAGCUUUGCCCAUCCUUGGUUGGAACUGUAUUGGAAAUUUAAGAGACUGUUCCACCAUUUUACCACUAUACUCCAAGAAAUAUGUGGCGUUUUGCACCAUUAUCUUCAUAGCCAUCCUAGUGGCCAUUGUAAUCCUCUAUGCCCGCAUUUACAUCUUGGUGAAAUCAAGCAGUCGGAAUGUCACCAAUCACAACAACUCGGAGAGGUCCAUGGCAUUGCUGAGGACCGUUGUGAUCGUUGUUGGGGUUUUCAUUGCCUGCUGGUCCCCCCUGUUUAUUUUGUUGCUGAUUGAUGUGGCCUGCAGAGUGAAAGAGUGCUCGAUUUUGUAUCAAGAAGACGGCUUCAUAGCUUUAGCGGUCCUCAAUUCAGCCAUGAACCCCGUCAUCUAUACUCUGGCAAGCAAAGACAUGCGCCGAGCCUUCUUUCGCCUGGUGUGUGGUUGCCUGGUGAAGAACAAUGUUGCCAUGUCUUUGCCUAUCCAGCCCACCCCGGAUCAGAGUCGAAGCAAAUCCAGCAGCAGCAACACACCAAAACUGAAUGAUAACUUUGUGCAAACCAAAAGUUUGUCGUGCAUCACUGAAAAGAAUAAACCUCCAUUUUAUACUGGAAACGUCUGCAAGUGAAGCCUGCUGAGGGGGCACUUGGGGGAUUCUUGUCCUGUGGCUUUUACAGAGCCAAAAAGAAAAGGUGUCUUUUUUUUUUUUUAAGUGGAGUUUCAUGCACUUAACUCAUAGGAGGGGCAAACUUGAGAUGGCUGCUUAAUUCUAAGUGCCUAUUUUGAGCACUGAGUUUUGGUUCUUCACCAACUGAUUCAAGAAAAGUUUGGCUGCCUCUGCAAGUUCUCUUGAGGGUUGUGUAAAGAAAAAAGUGCUAUCCUGAUAUGGGGGGUUUUUUCGACGCAGUUCAAUUGAAAAAGUGUACUUGCUAGAGAAAUAAUGUAUAAAUGGCCACUGAUUAAAGCACUACAUGAAAUUCACUUCUUAUAUUCCAAAAUGCAACUGUGGAAGUCUUUCCCUUAUAGGACCCCAGCAGAGUCUUCCUCAGCCCACCUUGCACAUAUCCGAUCUUUCUGACAUCCAUCUACAGUCAACAUUUAGGAUUUAAGAAUGGGUCUGAACACUUUAGCAUCAUAUGCCUGGCUUCCUCUUUGGUAAUAGAAAUAUCUAUAAACAUUCUGUGAUGUCCUAGUAAUUCAGCAAGCAAUCUGGAGAAAGGUGGGGGGGAGAAUCUGAUGGCUAUGGCUGGUCAACCUGCUGUAUAUAUGUACAAAAUGCCCUUCUCAACGGUUACUGUGCAUUGGCCAUAGGAGAUGAGACUGUCCCUCCUCUAUCCUGCAGUUUAAGGUGAAUAAUAUAGGGAUAUUCUAUCCAGGCCGCACUGCACUGUCAUUGAUUUCUCUUAACAUUUUCACAAAUAUUUAUUCACACAUUUUGAGAUUUGUUAGAUCAAGAAAUCAGAGCUUAAGUUAGAAUGUGGUGGUUUAUUUUGCCAGGCCUGAUAAACAGUCACAGAUAAUAGGAAGGCUCAGCAUUUGUUGUGUUGAAGUACACGGAUCAAGGCAUCCUAAGAGGAAAAGGGGGGAAUUUAAGCUGAGGCACCAACUUUUGUUUUUCUUUGUAUUUGAUUUUCUUUUAUUAUGCCUGCUGUGUGGCAUAGGUUUACAUUAUAUGGCAUUAUAAUAUGCUAGUCUGUAUAAUAUAACUCCUUAAUGUAAUGAGUACUGUGAACAUGUAAUCUUCAAAUAUUUUUUAAGUAAAUGAAGAAAACAUCUUUAUGUAAGUUUUGUGAGACAGAAAAUAGAUGUUCAACUAAUCCAACCAGUUUUGCAUUUACCAAUGCAAAUUUCCAAUGCAAAUGUAGCAGUUGUGACUAGAAGCCAUUUCUGUGUUAUUCUGUAAAAAAAAAAAACAAUCCUAAUCAUUGUUUUGUCACUAAAACAG